AUGUUGAGGAGAAUCAGUGAGAUCUCGGGCUCAGUUGUCCCAAAAGGAGGACAUUCACGACAAGCUUCACGAAAUGCUAAUGAGAUGGCAGUGAGUCCCAAGGUAUCGCCAGCAGUGGCAUAUGAAGAUCAGUCGGGACCAGACACAAAGCGAAGGGUUUAUAUGAAUGUGCCCUCUCGACCACCAUAUUCGCAAACAUUCCACGUGGGAAACCAGAUCCGAACCUCAAAAUAUACUUUAUUGACGUUUAUACCGAAAAAUGCUCUGGAGCAGCUCCGAUCUGUCGCAAACUUUUACUUUAUAUCACUUGUCAUUCUUCAGCUAUUUGAUCCCUUCAAAAAUGUCGAUUUUGGACUCACUGCUGCUCCGAUUUUGUUUAUUUUGGGUGUGACGGCACUCAAGGACGCUUUUGAAGAUUAUAAACGUCAUGAAGCUGAUACUAGAGCAAACAAUACUAGAACGUAUCUCCUUGCCAACUGGCGAAACACAAACCCAUCACCUGAAACUGUACCAUUUCAAUUUAUCAUGAUCUUUAGCUACAUUUCCAAUAGAAUCGACCUCAUGUUUGGCGCCCUGGCCCGGAUACUAGGAAAACUGAUACAAUGGAAUAAAAAAUCUCCAGCAGAUGCCAUAUCACGAGAUUUCCCUCUACAUAUAGGCUUUUCCGACUAUCCGAAAUGUGCUGGUGACGUGGCACCUCCAGACGAGGUGCAUCUAGACGGUGAAGAGUCGGAUGUAAAUUCACAUGUAACUCAUACAAAUUCAGCUACCCAACAAUCUGAGAGGUCACCAAUCUUGGAUGUGACUGAUCCUAUAUGGAAGCUCAACUUGUGGGAUGCUGUUAAAGUAGGCGAUUGGGUCUUCAUUCGUGAGAAUGAUCCUAUUCCCGCUGAUAUCGUCGUCGUAUCUACAUCCGAGCCAGAUAACGUAUGUUAUGUCGAAACGAAGAACUUGGAUGGUGAAACCAAUCUCAAAAUUCGUAGAGGCAUUACCCAACUCGCAUCUGUUAAAACACCAGCCCAAUGUGCCAAAGUCAAUAUCAUUAUAGAUUCUGAAUUACCAUCAGCCAACCUGUAUACAUAUAGUGGUGUCGCAAUCCUCAACCCAAAACCAGAUGGUUUACGGCCCUCGCCUGAAGAAAUGGAACGAGGUGUGGGCAAGCUGGUGCCCAUCAGCCCUGUAGGCAUCCUGCUACGUGGAUGUAUAUUGAGGAAUACUGGAUGGGUUAUUGGUAUUGUGAUUUAUACAGGAGUUGAUACGAAAGUCAUGUUGAAUUCAGGAGAAACACCAUCUAAACGAUCCAAGAUACAAAGAAGUCUGAACCCAUUGAUUGUACUAAAUUUUGUUAUUUUGGUGGCUCUGUGUCUGAUUAAUGCUUGUGCGGCAGCCUUCUACUUGGCUGCUUAUCGGAAUGAAGGAGCACUGUGGAAUUUAGGAGAUCCGAAUUCCACACUUACCCAAUCAAUCUUGGAUUUUUUCGUUGCCAUGAUUAUCUAUCAAAACAUUAUACCGAUCGCACUAUAUAUAUCGGUUGAGGUGGCUAAGACAAUUCAGUCUGUAUUCAUAUAUUGGGAUGAUGACAUGUAUGAUCGAGAAUCUGACAAACAUGUGGUACCUCAAACAUAUAAUCUCUGUGACGAUCUGGGUCAAAUCGAGUAUAUCUUCUCCGACAAGACCGGUACUCUCACAGCCAACGUGAUGGAAUUCCGGAUGUGCUCUAUAAAUGGAAUAGUUUAUGGUGAUGGUUACAUAACAGAAGCCAAAAUGGGUGCCAUGCAACGUGAAGGUCUCACCGACUUUGAUAAGCCUGCUAUAUUAGCCAAACUGGCUCAGCAAGAACAGCAGAUGAGAUCGACUCUGAAAAAGGACUUGAAGGGCCAUUAUGUGGAUAAUGGCCGAUUAUCCUUUGUUGAUAUGAGUCUAGUCAAGGACCUAUUAGAAGAAGGAGAACAGGCUAGAGCGAUUAGAGAAUUCUUUAUUCUCCUGGCAUGCUGUCAUACGGUGCUAGUUGAUAUCCCACGAGACUCGCCUGAGAAGCUUAUAUAUAAGGCCCAGUCGCCUGAUGAAGCAGCGCUGGUAGCUGCUGCCAGAGAUGUUGGUGUUGCUUUUAAACGACGAGCACAGAAUUCCAUUAGCAUAGAAGUCUAUGGUGAAGAAAGAACGUAUUCUGUACUGAAUGUACUGGAAUUCGAUUCAGAUCGGAAACGUAUGAGCGUAGUCCUUCGAGAUUCGGAGGGACAUAUAGUGUUGUUAUGUAAAGGUGCCGACUCGGUCAUCUACGAACGACUGGUGACUGGCACCGACCAAGCACUCUCCGAAAAGACUUCGUCAGAUUUAGAAUCGUUUGCUAAUGACGGCUUACGGACACUGUGUCUCGCAUGGCGCAUUAUACCCGAAGAGCAGUAUUUCGCAUGGGCUGAUACAUAUAGUGCUGCUCAAAAUCAGAUAGUGAAUCGAGAUAAAGCUGUGGCUGCUGCCGCUGAGACUAUAGAACGUGAACUGAUACUGCUUGGAGCAACCGCCAUUGAAGAUAAACUGCAAGAUGGUGUACCUGAAUGUAUAGCAACUCUAGCUCAAGCUGGUAUAAAGAUAUGGGUUUUGACUGGUGAUAAAGUUGAAACUGCCAUCAAUAUUGGAUUUGCUUGUAAUCUACUGACUCGAACCAUGGUGCUGAUUGUGGUGCGAGCUACUACGCCAAAUGGUACUGCUGAUCAACUCAAGUCUGCUCUGAAUCGGUUUUGGGAUGAGAAUGGAAAGGCUAUUGAGGGUGAUACUCAUGCUUUGAUUAUUGAUGGCGAGUCACUCAAGUUUGCUCUGGAAGGAAGCAGUCGAGAACUUCUUUUGGAAUUGGGUUGUCGAUGUAAAGCUGUAGUCUGUGCUCGUGUUAGUCCAUUGCAGAAGGCACGAGUUGUUGAGCUUGUUCGCAAAGGCUUGAAUGCACUCACCUUGGCUAUUGGUGAUGGAGCCAAUGAUGUCUCUAUGAUCCAAGAAGCAGAAGUCGGUGUUGGAAUUUCUGGCAAAGAAGGUCUACAAGCUGUCAUGGCUGCUGAUUAUGCUAUACCGCAAUUCCGGUUUUUGGCAAGAUUGCUAUUGGUCCAUGGGAAAUGGGCAUAUGUGAGAACGGCUGGUCUGAUCUUCAACUACUUUUAUAAGAACGUACUGUGGCUGUUCAUCUUGUUUUGGUAUCAAUUCCAGUCAGGAUUCGCAGCGGAUGUAAUUCCUGACUUUACAUAUGGACAAUUCUUUAAUACCUUCUUCACUCUGCUACCUAACAUUUUUAUUGGCACAUUCGACCAAGAUCUCAAUGAUGAAACCUCAAUCAAACUACCUGAAAUCUAUCAAAAGGGUAUUCGAAAUGACCUCUUCACCAACGAACAAGUAUGGAUUUAUAUUGCUGAUGGUAUAUAUCAAUCCGUCGUUAUCUACUUUGGUGUGACGCUUGCAUACGCAACCGACACUGACCCAAAUGGUCUGACUUGGAACAAAGAUGCCAUGGGUACAGUCAUUGCAUGGACUGCUAUUCUAACAGUCAACGUAUAUAUUGCUAUGGGAACUUAUUCAUGGAACUGGCUAGCAGUGUUUGCCAUAAUUGCUACAGUAGCCGUAUGGAUUAUCUAUGUCCUCACGUAUGCAGCAAGUAUGGCCAAUCCCACAUAUGGUGAAAUACCGGUUCUCUAUAAACAGGCAGCCUAUUACUUUGUCAUGAUAUUAGUAAUAGUGACGGCAUCUCUGCCACGAUUCAUUGCAGCUGCAGCUCGAGCCAUGUUUUGGCCAACUGAUACCGAUAUAGUACGCGAGAUGCAAAAGUACAACUUGUCUUCUGAAGAAAAGGUAGCUGCCAAGGCUGGUGAAGCUGCUAUUAACGGUGAUCCAAAACCAGGACCGAAUGAUGACCCGCCGCAAUAUGCCAAGUGGAAUGUACGAGCACCAUUAUUUGGACUAUUUGGACCACAUAGUCAUGAUACACAUCAGCACGAAGCAGUGCCUAGUUCAGAGACCAUACCAGCUAUAGUCAUAAGCGAAGAUAGCAUACCCAUGAAGGCUGUACCCGAUCACCCAGCAACGCAAUCAACAUCGGGUAGAUCGUCGGAAGGAAAGGAGCAAAAGCCAUCAACGCCACCAUCGCCUAAACAUCCACAUCACCCACCACACCAUCUUCCUCAUCUCAGAAUAGCAACUGACCCCGUUAAUAAUACCAAUAAUAACUCUGACGAUAAUCGUGGUCGUGGUAAAGGAGACCGCGCCAGCUCAACCAAUCGUAGAACUUCCUUCCAACUAGCUUCACUGCCAGCUCGAUUAGUGGGAGAGUUUGUACGAUCUGUACCACGACGCUUACGAGCUGUGAGCUCGAAUCAUCCCGUAUUACAUACACCACAACGAUCAAUAGGUACUAUAGUAUAUAUGGAGGAUGAAGGAGCAGGGAGAACACCCAACACUGGAUUCUCCUUUUCUCACGAAAGUGGGAUGGAGGGUGUCGUCUCGCCACGUGUCUCGGUUACUAGUAUGAGAAGGAGAGGCCCGCCGCCACCUCAUCAUGAUCGACUCACAUUGGGAGAGUCGUUGAGGAAAUCGCUGCACUUUAUUCCAAGGACGAGGAAUAGUUCUAGAGAGCCUAUAGGUGGUCCGUCAGUACAAGCAACUGCAAGCAGCCAUGGAGACAUAUCGACUGCCACUAUACCACACUCUGCGUCUCAUGAAUCCAUUAAAAUGAAUAGAGAACGACGUGGUUCAUCUGGAAAACCACGCGGAACGACCCUUCCAUUCUUGCAUGCCUUGAGCAACAGUAGCUCCAAUACUAGCAGUACCAGUCACAGUCACAAUAGCAACUCUGAACCACAUCUACACAUCCAAAAUCCAGCUCUAUUUGGACCACAAUUAUCGACUGUAACGGAUUCCUCAGAUAUGGGGAAUACUUCUAGGGCUUCGUCGUCGACGAAGCAACCUGAUGCCGCAAGACAACCCAACCCUUCAGUAUGA